GCUUCUUCUCACUCCUUUGCUACAAUCUCUUCUUCAAGAAACCAAAAGAUGGCUUUAACUUGCCUCCAAGCCCUCCUUCUCUGCCAAUCAUCGGGCAUCUUCACCUUGUCCUUUCUAUUCUACCACACAAGUCUUUUCAGAAGAUCUCAUCUAGGUACGGACCUCUCCUCCACCUCCGUAUAUUCAAAGUCCCUCUAGUCCUCACCUCCUCGGCCUCCGUGGCCUACGAGCUCUUCAGGACGCACGACGUGAAUAUCUCAUCACGUGGUUUCCGUACACUAGGGAAUUCUUUCAUUAUGGGACCUGAAUCAUUCGUAGGCGCUGACUUUGGAGACUAUUACAAGUUCACGAAGAAGGUCUUGGUCAGGAAUCUGAUGGGUACUCAAGCAGUGGAGUGGUCACAAGGAAUCCGUGCAAAAGAGCUAGAGCGGUUUCACGCAAGACUGCUCGACAAGGCGAGAAAGAAAGAGAGUGUUGAAAUAGGAAAUGAAGCAAUGGUGCUUACUACCAACAUAUUCUCCAAGUUGCUCAUCGGGAGGAGUUACUCUGAGGAGAACGGUGAGGCAGAGAAGGUCAGGGAGUCGGUGAUCAAGACAAUUGGCUUGUUAACGAAAAUAUUCUUUUCAGACAAGAUAGGUAGGCCACUUAAGAAGCUUGGCAUCUCACUCUUCGAAAAGGAGAUUCGAGGCGUCUCCAGUGGAUUCGAUGAGCUGUUAGAGAGGCUUCUCCUGGAACACGAAGAGAAACAUAGUGUUACAGACAUGAUGGAUGUUUUAUUGGCAGUUUCUAGAGAUGAAAACGCAGAGUAUAAGAUCACUAGAAACCACAUGAAGUCGUUGAUCACGGAGCUUUUCCUUGCAGGAACUGACACGGCUGCUCGGUUAAUGAAGUGGGCAAUGGCUGAGAUCAUCAGCAAACCAAAUAUUCUUGAGAGGUUGAGGCAAGAAAUGGACUCUGUUGUAGGGAAAACAAGGCUGAUUCAAGAAACGGAUCUACCAAGACUUCCUUAUUUACAAGCGGUGGUUAAGGAAACACUAAGAUUGCACCCACCGGGGCCUCUUUUGAUAAGGAUGUUCCAAGAAGAAUGUAAGGUUGGAGGGUUUUCCAUACCGGAGAAGACAACACUUGUUGUAAACGCUUACGCUAUUAUGAGAGAUCCUAGUUUCUGGCAAGAUCCUGAUGAGUUUAAGCCAGAGAGGUUUCUUGCUUCUUCAAGUUCUGAGCAAGAAGAAGAAAGAGAGAAAGUCCUUAAGUUUCUUCCUUUUGGCAGCGGAAGGAGAGGCUGUCCUGGAGAAAAUAUUGGAUAUAUAUUAGUUGGAAUGUUGGUGCAGUGUUUUGACUGGAUAAUCAGUGGAGAUAAAACUGUUAGCAUGGAAGAGACUCUUGAAGGAUUUUCCUUGACCAUGGCUCAUCCCCUAAUCUGCACUCUUCUUCCUCGAUCCGUUGAGUUUAUGAAGAUUCCCAGUGGAUGA